CGAACGGGCUCGGGAGUGGGAUUGAUACAAAACAAUAUUUUCAUUGCUUUACGAUUACACAUUUGAAUUUUCCAACGCUUAUCAUAACUGUUAAAUCUUGUUUUUAGUUUAUUUGAAAUUGUUCAAUAUUUGUAUGCUCUAAAAAACGUAAAUGAUUCUGAUCUGAAAAUUUAUCAACGUGUUAUCUUAGAUCACUACAUGUUUGUUUUAUAGUGUUUGAAUGUGACAAAUUCAUGGAGACCAAUUCAGAGACUAUCUUUGUAAAUUUGCCAACAACCGAUAAAAAGGCAACACUUGUAAAAUGGCGAGUGAAAGAAGGUACUUUGGUCAACAGUACCGUUGUUGUGCUUCUUUAUCAGGAGGACGGAGAAAAAGAUCGAAAGAGUUUUCGCACUAAUCAUAUUGGUGUUGUUAAAAAAAUUUUAAUACACGAAGGUCAAGAAAUUCCAGUUGGAAGCCCAGUGUUUGAAUUAGAACCGGGAUGCAGCCACAGUACUGUAGUCAGUGAUUUGUGUGCAGAUUGUGGUGCUGAUUUAAGAAUCGAUAAUGCAUCUAAACCAACUGCAUCAGUUUCUAUGAUACACAGUGUGCCCGAUCUGAAAGUCAGUGAACAGAGUGCAUUUUUAUUGGGAAAAGCUGAUGAAAAACGAUUGCUAAGUGAUAGAAAACUAGUGUUACUAGUAGAUUUAGAUCAAACAAUCAUACACACGACAAAUGAUAAUAUACCUAAUAAUAUCAAAGAUGUUUACCAUUUUCAACUGUAUGGACCUAAUUCACCUUGGUAUCAUACUAGACUUAGACCAGGUACAUAUAAAUUUUUGUCUUCUAUAAGUGAGUUGUAUGAACUCCAUAUAUGUACUUUUGGUGCACGAAACUAUGCCCAUACUAUAACUCAUAUAUUGGAUCCAAAAGGAAAACUUUUUUCUCAUAGAGUUUUAUCUAGAGAUGAGUGUUUCAAUCCAAAUAGUAAAACAGGAAAUCUCAAGGGCUUAUUCCCAUGUGGUGAUAAUAUGGUUUGUAUUAUCGAUGACCGUGAAGAUGUUUGGGAGUAUGCAUUAAAUUUAAUACAUGUCAAGCCAUAUCAUUUUUUUCAACAUACUGGUGAUAUCAAUGCUCCACCUAAUUUACAAAAAAAUUGUGAUGAUUCUUCUCAACAAGACAAUAAAAUAGAUUUUACUCACUUGGUUCAAGGUAUAACUGUAAAAAAAAAGAACAAAAUUAAUGAUAAUGUUCAAAUAGAAGAUGGAGAAGUCUUGUCUGAUGAUGAUUCACCUGAUAAUGAAAAAAAAGUUAAAAAAGAUGUGGUAGUUAAAGAAAAUGAAAUUGAUAAACAAAUAGAAGUCGAGGAAGAAGAUGAUUAUUUAUUGUAUUUAGAAGAUAUUUUAAAGAAAUUGCACAAGGAAUAUUUUGCAGAAUAUGAUCAAAAAUGUAAAUUAUAUGGAAAUGAUGUUGAAGUUCCUGAUAUGAAACGUAUUAUACCAACAUACCGUUCUAAAAUAUUAGCUGGCAAAAAAUUGGUGUUUAGCGGUUUAGUACCUACUCCUGUACCACUAACUGAAAGUCGAGCUUAUAAAGUUGCUCGGUUAUUAGGCUCAGAAGUUACAGAGAAUAUUGAACCAGAUACAACUCAUUUAGUUGCUGUUAGGCAAGGAACGCUUAAAGCUAUUGCAGCUCGUAAACGUCCUGAUAUAAUAACAGUGACUCCUGAAUGGUUGUGGCUUUGUGCCGAACGUUGGGAACAUGUCGAGGAAAAGUUAUUUCCUCUUCGAUCUGGUUGUGGUGAUUCUUCUAAUCGUGAUCCACCUGCACAUUGUAGUAGUCCAGAACAUUCACCCCCAUCUCCAAUAUCCAAUAACUUGAAUUCUAGUAUUAAAGAACAGAAUAAAUUCUCAGAUACACUUAACCCAUUACUUUCUUUUACUGAUGAAGACAUUAAACGUAUGGCUGGAGAAGUAGAAGACAUGACUGAUGAUGAAGACAGUUGUGAUGGUGAUGAUGAAAAUAAUGCAGAUGAAACUUCAAAAAAAGAUAAAGAUGGCAAUUCAAGUUCUGAAGAAUCUUUAGCUGGUUCUAGUAGAGGACACAAACGUCGACAUAGUUCAUCGGAAGAAACAAAUUCAGAUCCAACAGAUAAUGAAGAUGAAACAUUAAAUGAACAAUUUCGCCAAGGUAGAAAUUUAGAGGAAUUGGGUUUAGAUUGGGGUAAUAACAGUGAAAAUAGUGUAGAUCCACCCGAUGAGUUAAAUGAAUGGAAUAUGUUAGGCGCUGCUUUAGAAAAAGAAUUUUUGGAUAAUUAACAAUAAUAUGUAUUUGAUUGUUUACAUGUAUAAAAUAUAACUUUAGUAAAUUAUUUGUUUGAAAUAAACUUAUAUGAGUUGUACAUAUCAGUUGUAUAAUGUAAAAUGUCUUUUGCCAAGUUUUAAUAAUAAUGAAUGUAUUAUAAUUCUAUUUGAUUUGUGUCCAU